CUUGUCGGUCAAUCAAACGCAGGAAUCAUGGUUGGCCGAGAGCACAGAGGGUUUUCCACGUCAGUGUGUUUACCAAGAAGACUGACAGCUGCUUAAAUUUAACACAUUACAAACUUAUAUUUCCUGUUAUCAAAGCUGCAAAUCAAUUUCUACCGAUAAUGUAUUUCACGUGGUGUAAAUGUCCGUAAACUGUAGAUUCCCUGGGUCUGUUGUCGCGUAUUGAACUUCCUAUUGGUCUACCUAUUCAGUGUUAGCCGGCUAGCCUGUUCAAUUAGCCUAGCCAGUUAGCCCAGUGGUUCGCCUGCAGGACUCCAUCUUGUGUUGAAGUUGGUAAUUUAACCACACAGAGAAGGCAGGAUGGUGGACAAGAACAUCUACAUCGUCCAAGGAGAGAUCGGUACUGUGGUUGGAGCAAUCAAGAGGAACUCUAGAUGGAACACCCACACUCCACUGGAUGAAGAACAAGACCCUUUGCUCAGCAGCUUCGCCCAACUCAAGGACAUCCUCAACUCCAUUAAAGAGUUGGCGGAUGUGGAGCCCAACGUGUUCCUGCGGCCGUUCCUGGAAGUGGUGCGUUCCGAGGACACGACCGGACCAAUCACAGGCCUCGCUCUCACCUCCGUUAACAAGUUCCUCUCCUACGGCCUCAUAGAUGCCAACCAUGAGGCGGCGGCCGAGGCGAUCGAGAACAUGGCGGACGCCGUCACGCACGCUAGGUUUGUGGGGACGGACCCCGCCAGCGAUGAGGUUGUCCUCAUGAAAAUCCUGCAGGUGUUGAGGACGUUGCUGCUGACACCUGUCGGAGCCCACCUGACCAACGAGUCUGUGUGUGAGAUCAUGCAGUCUUGCUUCCGAAUCUGCUUCGAGAUACGUCUUAGUGAGCUCCUGAGGAAAUCUGCUGAGCACACACUGGUGGACAUGGUGCAGCUUCUAUUUUCCAGACUCCCUCAGUUCAAAGAGGAGGCCAAGAGCUUCAUCGGAGCCAACGUGAAGAUGGUGAGGAUGCGUGCGGGAGUGAUGAGCGAGUCCUCCAAGUGGAAGAAGCAGAAGCCUUCGCCCAGACCGCCGCGACACACUGGGAGGGGGUCCCCUAGCCAGUCAGCCCACCUCAGCAACAACAAACUCUCUGGUGGGGUCCCCUUUAUGGAGCCAGGCUCCGGCCUCUCAACCUCGGACAGCGCGGGCUCCUCAGUCUCCAGCCCGUCCACUGCAGACAGUGGGCUGGACCCUGGCUCCAAGGCCACCUCGAGGGAAGACCUCAGCGACCUGGAGCAGAGCAGCUCGGCUGCCACCACCCCCGGCACCGAGACCCCCCGGCUGGAUGCAGCGUCGGACGGAAGGAGGUCUGAGCGCGGUCAGUCCACCUCCGUGGAGUCCAUCCCGGAGGUGCUGGAGGAUAAGGACUCUCUGACGGAGAACUCGGACAGUGCCUCCGUCCACGACAUGGACUACGUCAACCCUAGAGGAGUCCGCUUCACCCAGUCCACACAGCGAGACGGUGCUUCGCUCAUCCCCUACGGGCUGCCCUGCCUGCGUGAGCUCUUCCGCUUCCUCAUCUCGCUGACCAACCCCCACGACCGCCACAACACGGACGCCAUGAUUCACAUGGGCCUGCAGCUGCUCACCGUUGCCCUGGAGUCCGCCCACCUCGCCCCCUACCAGUCCCUGCUGGGCCUGGUCAAGGAUGAGCUCUGCAGACACCUCUUCCAGUUGCUAAAUGUGGAGCGGAUGAAUCUGUACACCGCCUCUAUUCGCUGCUGUUUCCUUCUCUUCGAGAGCAUGAGAUGUCAUCUCAAGUUCCAGCUCGAGAUGUACUUGAAGAAGCUAAUGGACAUCAUCACGUCAGAGAAUGUGAAGAUGCCCUACGAGAUGAAGGAGAUGGCCCUGGAGGCGCUGGUGCAGCUGUGGAGGAUCCCCAGCUUUGUCACCGAGGUCUACAUCAACUACGACUGUGACUUCUACUGCUCCAACCUGUUUGAAGACCUCACCAAGCUGCUCUCCAAGAAUGCAUUCCCAGUGUCUGGACAGCUGUACACCACCCACCUGCUCUCCCUAGAGGCUCUGCUGACCGUGAUUGACAGCACAGAGGCCCACUGCCAGGCCAAGGUUCUUAACAGCGCUGCUGAGCAGGACCAAUCAACAGACACAGUCCUGGCAGAGGGGCAGAGCUCCUCCAAUGAAAAUACAGAGACAACAACAGACCCUAGCGGCGUCGAUGGUGGAGGUCAGAGCACUCCAGAAGCUGAGAUCACGCUGGUGUGUCCUCCGACCAGCGGCCACCUGAUGGCUGAGAAGAUGAGACUGGGCCGGCAGGACCUUGAAGAGACCGACACUGCUGAGAAGAAGAGCCUGAAGAAACCUCAGCGCUUCACCUCGUAUUCACCAGAAUCCCAGGAGCUGAUGGACAUCAAAGCCAAGAAGAAGCUCCUGAUCACGGGCACGGAGCAGUUCAACCAGAAGCCCAAGAAGGGCAUCCAGUUCCUGCAGGAGAAAGGUCUGCUCAGCAGCCCAAUGGACAACAACCAGGUGGCCCAGUGGCUCCGCGAAAACCCCCGCCUGGACAAGAAGAUGAUCGGAGAGAUCGUAAGCGACCGCAAGCACAUGGAGCUCCUCGAUAGCUUCGUCAACACGUUCACCUUCGAGGGCCUGCGCAUUGAUGAGGCGCUGCGGCUGUACCUGGAGGCCUUCAGGCUGCCCGGAGAGGCCCCUGUCAUUCAGAGACUCCUGGAGACCUUCACUGACAACUGGCAUAAAGUCAACGGGUCUCCGUUCAUGACCAAUGACGCUGGGUUCGCGCUGGCCUACGCCGUCAUCAUGCUGAACACGGACCAGCACAACAACAACGUGCGCAAGCAGAACAUCCCCAUGACACCAGAGCAAUUCAAGAAGAAUCUGAAGGGCGUGAACGGGAACAAGGACUUUAACCAGGUCAUGCUUGAGGACAUCUACAACGCCAUCAAGACGGACGAGAUUGUGAUGCCAGACGAGCAGUCGGGCCUGGUGAAGGAGAACUAUGUGUGGAGCGUGCUGCUCCACCGGGGGGCCACGUCCGAGGGUCUCUUCCUCUCGCUGCCCCCGGGGAGCUACGACCACGACCUGUUCUCCAUGACCUGGGGGCCCACCAUCGCCGCCCUCUCCUACGUGUUCGACAAGAGCCUGGACGACACCAUCAUCCAGAAGGCCCUCGCCGGCUUCAGGAAAUGUGCGAUGAUCUCUGCUCACUAUGGCUUCAGCGACGUGUUUGACAACCUGAUCAUCUCCCUCUGCAAGUUCACCACUCUGAGCAGCGAGUCGGUGGAGAACCUUCCAACAGUGUUUGGCAGCAACGGUAAGGCCCAGCUUGCCGCCAAGACGGUGUUCCACCUGGCCCAUCGCCACGGAGACAUCUUGCGGGAGGGCUGGAAGAACAUCAUGGACUCCAUGCUGCAGCUCUUCAGGGCCGAGCUCCUGCCCAAGGCCAUGGUGGAGGUUGAGGACUUUGUGGAGCCAAAUGGAAAGAUUUCCCUUCAGAGAGUAGAAACGCCUUCAAACCGCGGUGAGUCGGCCGUGUUGAGCUUCGUGAACUGGCUCACGCUGAGCGGAGCCGAGCAGUCCGGACACAGGGGUCCCUCCACCGAGAACCAGGAGGCCAAGCAGGCCGCCAUCCUCUGCAUCAAGCAAUGCGACCCAGAGAAACUGAUGACGGAGAGUAAAUUCCUCCAAGUGGAGUCUCUGCAGGAACUGAUGAAGGCACUGAUAUCUGUGACUCCUGACGAGGAGACGUACGACGAGGAGGACGCGGCCUUCUGUCUGGAGAUGCUGCUCCGCAUCGUCAUGGAGAACAGGGACCGUGUGGCGUGCGUAUGGCAGACCGUGCGUGAGCACCUGUGCCACCUGUGUGUGCACGCCACCGAGAGCUGCUUCCUGGUGGAGCGGGCCGUCGUAGGCCUGCUGCGCCUGGCCAUCCGCCUGCUGCGGCGCGACGACAUCAGCUCCCAGGUGCUGCUGUCCCUGCGUCUCCUGCUGAUGAUGAAGCCCAACGUCCUGGCCAGGGUGAGCCGCGAGGUGGCCUAUGGCCUCCACGAGCUGCUCAAGACCAAUGCGGCCAACAUCCACUGCACAGAGGACUGGUUCACCCUGUUCUCCCUGCUGGAGUGCAUCGGGGCUGGGGUCAGACCCCCCGCGUCCUUCCGCCUGGCCUCCAUCAGCUCUGACCACGACACCGGCGCCCUGUCCGAUAGCGAGCUGUCGUCCCACCAGCCCAGCGAGGUGAACCGCGACCGGGGCUACACCUCAGACUCUGAGGUGUACACCGACCACGGCCGGGCCCGCAUGCCGCGCUCCAUCACCGACGUAGACGUGGCCAGCAGCAGCGGCUGGCUGGUGGUUGGUAGGGACGACCUGGAGCUGGCGACCACCAAGGCAGGCUCCUCUACCCUGAUCCCCCCCAAAGUGUCAACCACCGCCCCCCUGCACAGCCCCCUGGUGAACCAGUACAGCCUGACCCUGGGCCAGGACCUGGGCCAGCACGACACCAAGUCCCUCAUCAAGUGCGUGGAGACGCUGUCCUUCAUCGUGCGCGACGCCGCCCACGUCACCCCCGACAACUUUGAGCUGUGCGUCAAGGCCAUCCGCGUGUUCGUGGAGGCCAGCCUCAACGGAGGCUACCGUAGCCACGACAAGAAGAAGAAGUACGACUCGUCUAAAUCUCGCCUGAGGAAGAAGAUGGGCGGUCGAGAGAAAGAUGGCGGGUCCGGCAACGGGCGGAAGGGCACGAACAGGGGGGGUGGCCAUCGGCCCUCGCGUUCCCAUAGCGACGAGGAAGAGGACGACAGCGUGCCCGCCAGCUACCACACGGUGUCUUUACAGGUUAGUCAGGAUCUUCUGGACCUAAUGCACACGCUGCACACCAGAGCAGCCAGCAUCUACAGCUCCUGGGCGGAGGAACAGUACCACCUAGAGGGCACCAAGAAGAUAGCAGCCGACUCUCGGACCCUCUGGACUGGAUGCUGGUGUCCUCUGCUGCAAGGUAUCGCCUGGCUGUGCUGUGACACGCGGCGGCAGGUGCGCAUGCAGGCGCUCACCUACCUGCAGAGGGCGCUGCUGGUGCACGACCUGCAGACACUGGACGCCACCGAGUGGGAGUCCUGCUUCAACAAGGUGCUGUUCCCCUUGCUCACCAAGCUCCUGGACAACAUCAGCCCAGCAGACGUGGGAGGGAUGGAGGAGACCCGGAUGAGGGCCUGCACCCUGCUGUCUAAGGUGUUCCUUCAGCACCUGUCCCCCCUGCUGUCCCUGCCCACCUUCGCUGCCCUCUGGCUCACCAUUCUGGACUUCAUGGACAAGUACAUGCAUGCAGGCUCCAGUGACCUGCUGCUGGAGGCCAUCCCAGAGUCCCUGAAGAACAUGCUGCUGGUGAUGGACACAGCAGGGAUCUUCCACUGCUCGGACUCCCGCACCGGCUACUCUGACCUGUGGGAGAUCACCUGGGAGCGCAUAGUCUGCUUCCUGCCCAACCUGAGAGAGGAGCUCUUCAAGCAGACCGUCAUAGCUGAUCCAGGCCCCCCCAACAGCCUUCUGGUGGACCCUCCCCAGCCAGCAGGCCCCGGGGGUCAGCCUUGCCCCCCCCAGGGCCCCCAGCCAGUACCCCAGAACCCCUCCGGCAUACCGGGCAGCCCCGCCCAGCCAAAGACCCCCAGCAGGCCCUCCACCCCCCAGGGACCCCCCUCACCCAGUGCCAACGGUAUGGAGCGGUCGUCUCCGGGGCCCUCCCCCUCACCGCUGACUCCGCCCCCUGUCAAGGUGUCUCCGUCGCGGGGCCCCUCCCCCACCAGCCAGUCGCCCCUCAUCCUGCAGCCCCUGGCCUUGCCCCUGCAGGUGGGCGGGUCCCCCAUGUCCCUGCCAAUCAUCCUAAACCCCGCCCUGAUCGAGGCCUCCUCCCCCGUGCCCCUCCUCCCUGUCUCCCCCCGACCCACCAGCCCCUCCCACGAGGAGAAAUGAGACGCUCUCGUCUCGAGGCUUCCUCGUCUUCUUCUUCGCUUUGCCACCAUUGCCUCUGGUAGAGGGUA